AUGGGGGACGCCAUGAGGUUGCGUAUAUCUCGAGUGGCCAGCAUGCUCAAUUCCAGCCCCAGCAGCCACAUCAUCAGCAUCCACACCACCAUCAUCACCAGCCCUCGCCGCACCAGCAUUCGCAACAGCAGUCGCAACCUCAGGCGCAGCAGCAGCAACAACAACCGCAUGGGCAGCGACGACGGGCCGAGUGGCGAGAAUGAUGAUACCGCCGCGGGACUUGGCCUGUCGAUGCUUUCUGAGACCCAGCAUGCUGACGAUUCGCAGUCAGCCGACAUUCUCCUACCUGGGCCAACUGAGCAUUCGUCUCAUCACCACCACCCCUCCGUCCAACACGAGUAUCAAUCUCCUCCGAUACACCAGCGGCAUCACCACCAUCGGCUGCCUUCACAAGCAACCAUUUCAGGAGCGCAGAGUGGCGACACAGAUUUGACGUCCCCUGGUGGAGUUGCCGGCUCACAGAGCGUGGUGGGCCAACCAGGAAUGCCCGAUCCAGCUCCCCGCCCACGGGGGCCAAAAUUAAAAUUUACGCCUGAGGAGGACAGUCUGCUCGUUGAGCUGAAGGAGAACAAAAAUUUGACUUGGAAGCAAAUUGCCGACUUCUUCCCUGGUCGGACAAGCGGCACAUUGCAAGUGCGUUACUGUACCAAGCUGAAAGCAAAGGCAACCGUUUGGACAGAUGAAGCGGUAUGA